AGAGAACAAGACAAAAUACAUCAAACUUUAAGAACCAGGAGAAACAAGAAAACAACGUGGCCUCUCACUGUGUACACGCUGGCAGCCAGUCCUUUUUUUCUCAUCCACAAAUCUCAAGGUUGGAGGAUGGCAUGAAAAAGACAUGGCUCCUCUGGGUGUCUCUGCUACCUGGCUGAAGGCAGCAUUGUAUUUGCUGCUCCUCAUUUUGCCUGUUUGUCUGUGUGCGUGCCCAAGAUCAUGCAGUUGCCCCAACCCCAAAGAGGUGCACUGUACGUUUCGCCAUCUCCCAUCACCCCCACAGAAUUUGCCCAAGGACACAGAGAGAGUCAAUCUGGGCUAUAAUAGCAUUGUAGCUGUGGGGACCUCAGAUUUCGGACAUCUGCACCAGCUAGAGAUGCUUAUGUUGCAUGGGAAUGAGAUCAGCACUGUGACUUCGGGAUCUUUUUACCAAUUACGUUCCCUCCAGAUAUUAAAGCUGAGCUACAACAAGCUAACAAGAGUAAAUCCCAGUAUGUUUGAGGGCCUAACAAACCUUGUCCGUCUUCACCUAGACCACAACUUAAUCGAUUUUAUUGAGCCUUUCUCCUUUACUGGAUUACUAUCACUAAAGCUGCUUCAGUUGGAAAGCAACAGGUUACAGGACCUUCAUCCACAUACAUUCACGACUGUUUCUCUCCUGGGGACAUUCUGGGGCUCAAGCCUACGGCACCUUUAUCUAGCAGACAACCAGCUACAGUACUUGGUGCCUGGUACUUUUCAGCACCUGAGCAGGCUAGAAGUCCUCUCUCUUCAUAACAAUCCCUGGAUUUGUGACUGUCAGCUCCAUUGGCUCUUAGAGUGGAACCAGAAACAUGAUGGAGUGAUUAAGUGCAAAAAGGAACGGGACUCUGCAUCCAGUGAGAAUUGUGCUGUUUGUGCCUCACCACAACCUCUCAACAACAGCCAGAUUUUCCAGCUCUCAGUAAAAGACCUUUCCUGUGACAGACCUUCUCUAGGGUCCCCGCUGAAGCUGGGUGAGUAUAGUGCAUUGGAGAACCAGGAACCAGACCUCCCAUACACCAAGCACUUGGAGCAUCCACUUGGCCACUUGACCUUCAUGUUAUCUGAUAGCCAUGGGAACAGGGCCCAUGUGGCUUGUGAUGUAAACCGUCCAGUUGAAGAGACAUCCAUGUUAUGGGAAAAGCUGAAAAGGUCAGAAGAGGUGGCUGUAAAUGUAACCUUGCUUACAGAACUUGACUGCGAGAUCGACAGGGAUGCUCUCCAGCACCUGUGGAGACUUGUUGCAUACUACUAUGAAAGCCCAGCUAUCUUGGAACGAGGUGACAGACAUGAGAACACUUCAAAGGUGACAUUUAAGUACUCCCAGGUCACAAGUGAAGGCUCUCCUUACUUUACUGAACUCAAAGGACAUUUAAUGGCAGAACCAGCCUGGUUGCUACAACCCAAGGUUACUAUUCAGUUGAACAGACGCAAAACAACAUCAAAAAAGCUGGUAAUGAACUUCUCUACGUUUAUAUCAAGGCAGAUCAACGGAAGAGGAGAACAAGAGGAUAUAGUCUCUUCUUGGGCUUUAAUUCCAAGAGGAACCCAGGGGAGAAUUCAAAUUGUGUUGGAGCACUCUGAGGCCAUUCUUAACUGCAAUAUAUUGAGUUCAGGGCAUUUGUCUGUUGAGUGGAUGCUUCCAGAUUUAACUACUUUGGACAAAACGGAUUCCCAAAGAAUUACAUCAGAUCAUAAUAGAUUACUUAUCAAAAACACAACCCUAUCAGACAGUGGGCUCUAUCACUGCUUUGUGCGUACUGAAACUGAAGUAGACAUAAUUUCAUAUAGGCUUAUGGUUAGGGAACGCCUCCUCAGUCCAAGUGACCUAAAUGGAAAGAAAAUGUAUGUGGACAACGGCAAAUCCCUCAGUCUGCCCUGUUCAGUUACUUCACCACAGCCAGUUGAAACAAAAUGGUUCCUACCGAAUCAACAUUUUCUAAAGGCAUCCAAUGCAAUGGGACGAAUCUAUGUGUCACAAAAUAAUACUUUGAUUAUAAAACAAGUGAAGCAAGAAGAUGCUGGGGAAUACAGUUGUUUAUCAGCAAACCUUCAUGGGGCAAACAUGUUGUCUCAUUUGGUGGUUGUAACGGGUGAAAAGGAGGAAGAGCUCACAAAUGUCAGUGUAAUGAAGGGUGAAUUACAAUUGUUUGAUAAGGAGGAUGCAGAGGGCUCUGGAUAUCAAGAAAUCAAGCAUGUGGCUGUUACUCAAAGACCACGCAGGGUACUUGGAAAAGAUAGAAGUACAGGUGGACUUUAUCGAAAGGGCUUUAAUGGAAAAAGGAUCAAUGAAAAAGUAAGGAAACCAAAUAAACCCGUCAAACAGCUUGACCCAGACCGAUGGGCACAAAUGUUAGCAAAAGUCAAUGCUAAGAUCUCGACUAUUCAACCAGUAACAAUUAUGACAACAGUUGCAGCUACAACAGCAGAACAAACCACCACAACCCCUGCAACUACAAUCGUUAUGACUUCCACCACUACAACUACAACUACAACCACUCCUGCUCCUGUCUCUCUUUCUUUUACUACCAGUGCUACUACUAGUAGUCAUAUAAAUGAUUUCAAUACUAAGCUGCCAGUACAGUCCCAUAACAAAAAGCCUAUAGACCACAAUUUACCACACAGAACACAACAUCUGCAUCACAAGUCUGAUGAUUUAGACAUGACAACAAUGCCUUCAGUAAAUGUCUAUUCAACCACAUUAUCUACUAUAAGCUUAAACAUGCAACCUGUGACACAAAUUAAGAAACAGAUAGAUGGGCAGCUAUUAGAUGAGAAAAUAAGAGCAAAUAAUCGCAUCCCCAACCCAAGACGAAGACCACCAUACAGAAGAAGACCUCAAAUAAGAAGGUUACAUCCACAGAGGCCUACACGUCCCCCACCAACCACAACAGAAGUAGUAUUCCCUUCAUUAACUACAACCACUCCAGAAUUUUUCACCACCAGGGAAAUUCAUUUUGAAACUGUGAAUAAGAAAACAGGAAGAAAACCAAUCACAGGUUUAGAUAUUUUAAGUGAACAUGACUCUGAGUUUAGAGACAGUUUAAAUGUAGACAUAACCCAGAAGUCUCAAGCUAACAAAAAACUGACAUUACCAAAAGAGGAAAAACAUACGUUUACGACUUCUGGGGCCCCUGCAAUUCUAACACCAACACAAGAUAAGCAGUUUGGACAAAAAGUCAUUAAGGAUAUUAAUCGGAGCAGUGAGACAACAAAUAAAGAAAAUAAUAGGCAGAGGGUAACAAGUACAAGUUCUCCUAGUCUUCAAAUCACUAACAUUAAACCUCUAGUACCUUACAAAGAACCACUAGCCACAGAGAAACCAGCUGUGUCUAAUAACUUUAGACACAGACUGGACAACUCAGUGAACAGACCUGAAAUUCCUGGUUUGCCUAUCCACCCCUGGUUAACUCAGAGAAAAAAACUAAUCCCAGUUACACCAAGGCCUUAUACCAUGGCUCCUUUAUGGACAUAUACCAACCGCAUUCCAAUGAGGCCAAGAAUCCAGGAAUCAAAGCACCACUCAUCAAUUGACAGAACCUUGCAUUUUUUGCACCCAAAUGAAAGGAAUGCAGUUUUCACUAAUCGGCCUGAAAUCACAGCACAAACAGCGAACCCCACACCCUACAUCGCUUGGUCAGCCUCAACCUCCUUCCCUAGAACUGUAGCCCCACAUGGUGGCUCAUCCCAAGUAAGGGACUACUUUCUCUUCAACAGGCUUCGAAACAAAUACAGACAAUCCCAGUUGGAGACUCAUCGCUUAGCCCAGUCCGGAAAGCUACUUACUCCUAAACCAAGAAUUUACCAUCCCACCCCAAAACCACAUCCAGCUCCAAAUUUUCCAAGCAUUUAUAAGCCUGUAACAUCCCCUUCUAUUAUAGCAGCUACUAGUAAGCCACACCCCACAGCCAGCAUACUACAGGGAAGUCGUUGGCACUACAGUAACUUCGGACAAAAGAAACUAAGCACUGCUCUGCCAUUUCCAAAAUUAAUGGGGAGUGGUGUGAAACCCAGAAUAAUGACAGCUGACUCAUCCACUGUGACUGCGCUGGCUGAGACGAAUGUUUUUUUGCGAUGUCAGGUAUCAGGAGACCCCAAACCUUUAAUUUCAUGGACAAAAGUCUCUACAGGUGCUACAAUUCAAGCCAGCACCAAACAUGGACAACGGUUUGAGGUUCUUCCAAAUGGCUCCUUUGUUAUAAAAAAUGUACAGCUGCAGGACAGAGGCCAGUAUCUUUGCACUGCGCAGAACAAAUUUGGCUCAGAUCGCAUGGUGGUCACUCUUACUGUACAGACAGAACCUCCUAAAAUAGAGGGCCCCAAAUACAGAGAUGUCUCUGUGUACUUGGGGAAACCGCUCAGUUUAGAGUGCAUUGCAACAGGCAAGCCCCAGGCGCAGGUCUCCUGGAUUCUUCCAGACAGGAUUAUUGUGCGGGAGUCAAUGCCUCUUGACAGACCAAUCUCCCUUUAUCCUAAUGGAACACUCAACAUUCACUCAGCAAACUUUUCUAUUAAAGGGAACUACAAGUGCAUUGCUAGUAAUGCAGCAGGUGCUGACACUCUGACCUAUCAGGUACAUGUUGCUGCCCUGCCACCAACAAUCAAAGAAGUAUCCUCUGAGGAUGUUUAUAUUACCACUGGAAGAAGUAUCUAUGUACACUGCACGGCUAAGGGAGAACCUGAGCCACUUCUUAAGUGGAUUCUUCCUGAUGGUUCACAACUAAAACCUACACAGUUCGUUGGAAGGCGUCUCUUUAUGUUCCCCAAUGGUACACUCUAUAUCAAAAGUAUUGUUCCUCUGGAUGCAGGAAUAUAUGAGUGUUCAGCCACAAAUGUGGUUGGGUUGGCGCAAAGAGUGGUAAAGCUGGAUAUCAAGCAAGAAUCCCCCGGACCCUGGAAAGGUCCAUCUCAGCAACAUAGUGUUUCAGCCAUGUAUGGCUCUACAGUUUUCCUACACUGCCCUGAGUCGGCCGACUAUCACAGAGGUACAGUCUGGAGGCUGCCAUCCAAAACACUGAUGGAACAUCACUACAGUCCUUACAGACACAUCAAUGCUUUCCCUAAUGGCACCCUCAAGAUCCUGCAACUAACUGAAAAAGAUCAAGGGAGUUACUUAUGCAUGUAUCAAAGGCCCAAUGGUGAGGAGAUGGAACUAUUUGACCUUGAAGUCCUAAUGAAGCCACCUAAAAUAGAGAACAUGGGCAGUCAACAGAAGAAAAUAACAAAUGGAGAGAACUUCCUUGUGGACUGUGUAGCUUCAGGUCUUCCAGACCCUGAAGUGUCUUGGAGUCUCCCUGAUGGCACAAUGAUAAACAAUGCUCUCCAAUCUGAUGACAGUGGAACUCGCAGUCGCCGAUAUAUCAUAUUUGACAAUGGAACACUCUUGUUGCCACAAAUGGGAAAAAGUGAUGAGGGUGAUUACACAUGCUAUGCAAAGAAUACACUGGGAGAGGAUGCAAUGAAAGUAAGUGUCCAAGUUGUACAAGAUUCACCACGAAUUUCUUCUAAAGACCAGAUGUCUCUUCAUUUUCUUCUUGGCCAGUCAGCCCAGCUGAAGUGUGAUGCAACUGGUGAACCUCCACCUACAAUUAUCUGGAUUUCACCAAACAAUGAAAUGAUAAGUUUUUCCUCAGUCAAACAUCAAAUACUCCAAGAUGGAACACUGAUCAUUAAUAAGGUCACUUUGGCAGACCAGGGAAAGUAUACUUGUGUCGCAAGGAACCCAGCUGGUGAUGACAUUAAGAAUGUGAAGCUCAAAGUUGAGGUCAGUGAGCCAUAUAUCAAUGGAAAAGGUGGACGAAGUGACAGUAGAAUUUUGGCAGUUUCCUAUCAGACUGUUUUGAUGCACUGCAAAGCUGAGGGAAAGCCCGAGCCUCAGAUAACAUGGACAACAUCUUUUGGCAUGUCCCUGCCUACACCUUAUGUUGGAGGUAGAUUUCAAGUUUAUAAGAAUGGUACUCUUGAAUUGCGAGGCAUCCGGAAAACUGACGAAGGAAAGUUUUUGUGUUUGGCCAGAAAUUACUUGGGAGAGGCCAGUCUAGCAAUUGACCUUGAAGUGGCCUCACUUGCUGAAAAACCAAGCUUUCUUAUUCCAAAUAUUGAGGUAUUAUCCCUCAAACCUGAUGGAGAUGACAUAAUUUUACAGUGCCAGGUUAUAGGGAAACCCAAGCCAGAUGUUGUCUGGAUUUUGCCCAACAGUACAGUGCUGGUUCCAGGAAUGAGUCUAAAGAGGUUUAUUCACGUUUUGGAAAAUGGCAGUUUGCAUAUUAUUCGGCCAGUGCCCAGUGACAAAGGUGUUUAUCGUUGCUUGGCCAAAAAUGUUGCAGGACAAGGAGAGAAACGCUAUGCUUUAGAACCUGGAAGGAAGCCUCAAAUUCGAGGGACACCUACACCUAUGAAGAUUUCAUUUGGACAGAUACUAAUCAUGCCAUGCACAGUUGAAGGCUGGCCCCAAGCAACGAUCACAUGGACUCUUCCAAAUGGAUUAGUAUUGGACAGGCCUCAGGUUAUUGGACGAGUCACCUUUUUAUCAAAUGGGACCCUUCAGCUAAGAGAAACUGCAAAAUCUGAUAGGGGUACAUACAUUUGCAAAGCUACUAACACAUUUGGAUCAUCAACACUGUCUUAUCCUGUGACUAUUAUGGUACUUCCACCACAGAUCACUAAUGCACCCCCUUCCAUAAUAAGAGUUGCUAAGGGGUCUCCAGUGACACUAAAAUGCAUUGCUACUGGCACUCCUAAACCAGACAUUUCAUGGACUCUCCCUGGGCGGACCACACUUGUGGCUAAUAAUCGCUUCACUUCAUUGGGUGGAAUUCACAUGACAGAGGACGGUAGUUUGGUCAUACAGGAGCCUAGCCUUAUGAACUCUGGAAUUUAUAAGUGUAAUGCCAAAAAUGCCUUGGGGAUGGACUUUAAAGCAACAUACCUUCAGGUGAACUGAACAUGUGAAGGAGAAAAUAUGUGUUAAAUUAAGAAGAUAUGUGUUUAAUGUGUGUUAAUUAAAAUUGUUUAAGACAUGGACACUGUAUUCUUGUAAACCAGUGUAAAUAGAAUACUGCAUUUACUUGUUCUGGAAAUUCUCAGCAAAUCACAAAUGGGCAUUAUCCUUCUUUUCUUCUUUAAAAGACUAACAAGUAUUGUUGCAGCCUUGGGUUGGAAAUCAACAUACUAAUGUUCUGGAGAACCCAUUUGUUUAUUAUAAAAAUGUUUUUGUACUUAAUUUAUGGACAGUUAGACCGUUAUACAUAAAUAUUUCGAAAAUUAAAAAAAAGAUUCAUAAAUCUAUAUUUUUAUAUGCCACAAUAGAUUUCAUUUUAAUAUUUUCUGCUGCUUUUAUGCAAUGUAAAUGUAUGUCUAAUAAUUAGCCUCUGGAUGUAAACCAUCUACAACAACACAGCCUUUCAUGGGUGGAGUAGAAAGAGAGCCUUGUAGGCACAAAUGUUACCAUUGUUCUGACAGUUUUACCAACAACUAGACACAAACAGCAAAUUCUGUAAUAGAAUUACUGCUACUGCCUAAAAAAAAGUUUUUUGAUGGACAUAUUUUUAAUAACCCUAAAUGAAUAAAUUGAAGUGUAGCCUAAAACCAGUAAUUGAGUUGAUGUUCUACUUUUUGUGAAAUUGUAUGUUUUAUUACUGCUAUUGUGAUUUAUUUAUAUAAAUGUUCUUGUCAUUUUUGCGAGAUGGCCUGAGCUGCCUUAUCUAGUACUGUACUAUCAUCGCUUAGAGCCUGAUUAAUAUUUAGAAUGUUUUAAAGAACAAUCAGAAAACACUCACAGCUCUGGUAUCAGACAUCGGAAGUGAUCCAAGCAGAAUUGACUGAUCGUAAUUAGAGAGGCAGUCUCAUACUGUAGGUGGCAACUUCUUUAACUUUAAGUAAAUGUUGUCAUGCCAACCCUUGAAUGUUACUUAUUCCUGUGCAGUUCAUGUAUAUUGUUUUAUAAUAAUAAUUAUAUUUAUAAUUAUAAGCAUUCUGGUUAAAUAACUAAAGCAUGAGCCUCAGAUAACUCAUACUUACAUAUACUGUUACUGUUCUAAAGCAUAAGGGAUUACAGAUAAAGCUAAUUCAGUUUGGUGAUUUUUGAGGCUGGUAACUCUAAAUGAACUUAUUCUCUGCAGCAGAGGUAAGUUUUGGUCUUGCUUUCCAGGGAUGGUGUGAAUGAGAUCCACAGUGCUUGUGAUGGGUUUUGCAAAUGCACUUGACA